AUGGUCGUCGACGAGCCCACCCCAGAGCUAGCUGGGGAGCGAUGGCAGGCAAGCCCCCCCCCACCGUCUGGUUCCCUCCCCUUCACUUCCCAAAUCCUUUUCCUAUGGAACAACCUCCUCCCAAUCUCCCACAACAUUCUCCCAUCCGCCGAGAGCCUGAGGUGUGGAAAACAAUGGGGCGCUUCAGCCGCAGUAAAACUUCUCCUGCCCGUUCUCGGGAACGCCGCCGACUCCUGUUGGGAUCCUGUGCUUCGAUCCCAAUGGAAUCUGACCGUCUCCUAG